AUAUACCUACUUACACACGAUACAUUUACAUACAUACACUCACAAACUUUGGCAUUUAUAAUAUUAAAUAGGAUAUUUCAUUCCUUAAACAUUAGGAACCACUGGCAUUAUACAAAAUGUGUACUGUAUUUAAAGUAUUAUAACUAUAUCUGUAUCUGUAAUAGUUUUCUUGGAGUUGGGAUUUCGACGUGCGGCGGUGUAGUGGCACCAAUUCGGUAGCAAUCGGUGACAAUGGAAAGAGAAUUUGAAAGAAUGGAGAAAAUCAGACUGAAGCCAUCGGCCUUUUUAGUGCAGACUAUGGCUACGAUUUUUAUAUGCUUCUUCGCGUGCCAAACUGGUUUUGUUUGCGCCUGGCCGUCCGGCACAAUUGAGAACUUCAAAUCCAACAAUACAGUACUCUCUAUGCCCAUGACCACAUUUGAAGUGUCUCUUCUCGGAAGCCUGCUGAAUAUUGGAGCACUGAUAGUCACUCCUUUCUGUGCAUAUGCCUUUAAUAACUUCGGGAGGAAAUACGCAUCUAUUUUAUUUGGACUGCCUUUUGUAAUUAAUUGGUUAAUCAUAUCUCUAACAAAAAGUGUGCCUUGGAUCCUCAUAGCUAUCACCAUAUCGGGGAUUGGGAUCGGCGGCCAAAACGCUUCGGUGAUCUUCAUCUCGGAAAUUGUGCACAAUUCCAUUAGAGGAGGAUUGACAGCCCUCUCAGCAUCAGGAUAUUUACUUGGACUGUUGGUAGGCUAUGCCUUAGGAGGCUACCUGAGCUACUACCAAGUGAUUUACGCCAACAUGGCGAUGGCAAUUACGUCUAUGGGGCUUCUGAUGCUGCUCCCCGAGUCUCCUGUUUUCCUGGUACUCGUCGGGAAGAUUGAGGAGGCAGCUAAAUCAAUCGCAUUUUAUAACCGCCUAGAUCCAACGUCAAAAGAAGUUGAUAGGGCAAUAAAGAAUAUUCGAAUACAGUUAGACCCAAGACUAGAGAUGAUGCUAGAAGCAGAACAAGAUCCAGAAGUGAUCGAUCGACUGCUGACAGUAACUGAAGACUCAGAUAUUACUGUGAAGCCUCACACCGAAUCAGCUUGGAAAAUAUUGAGAGGAUCCAAGUCGUCCAAGCGCGCUUUGCUCGUCAAUCUAGUACUAAUGGGCUCAACCAUAAUGAUGGGAUGCCCAGUGAUACAAGUGUAUGCUGAGCCGCUGUUCAGAGAAGCCGUGCCGACGAUGUCGCCGAACCAGUGCUCGAUACUGCUGGCUGCGAACUUCUUCGUGGCCAGUAUUACUUGUGUCGGGGUCAUUGAUAGGUGUGGACGUAAGAAUCUCAUGUUAGGAUCAUCACUAGCCUCCGGCAUUUGUCUCCUGCUGCUCGGUACCCAGUUACAGUUUCAGUGGGCAAGUCCCUGGUUCACUGUCGUCCUGAUAUACGCUUUCAGCUUCGCCUUCACUAUGGGAUGUGGAGUUAUUCCUCAGGUGCUUAAUGGGGAAAUAUUUUUGCCAGAGGUCCGCAGCCUUUGCACCAACAUGGUGCUGUCCUCGCAAUGCGUUUCCAUGUUCUUCGAGCUGCUCGUCUUCAAUCUGGCGGUGGAAGUGAUCGGCAUGGGUCCAGUGUUCUACUGCUUCUCGGCUAUCUGUUUCUUUGUUACUGUAUUCUCGUGUAUAGCAUUACCUGAGACUAAAGGACUAUCGACAGACGCCAUACAGGCCUUGUUUUUGAAGAAGAAGGCGUAGAAUAUUUGUAUAUAUGUUAAGAUUAGCCAUCUAAUUCAUAAAGUUGAAGCAUCGAUAUUUUAAGUUAAAAUAGAUAUGUUUUGUCUUGUUCUGAUCAGUUCAGUAAUGGUUUAGGCGAACGAUGGAGCCAUAACAUAAAAACAUAAAAACAUUUCGUUAAUUUAUGUCCUUGCAGAAUAUUUAAGGCUGCGGUGAAAUUUGUUGCGUCACUUUCUGCUUUACCUGUGCUUUGGAAGUCAGUCAAUUUUGAAGUCAAUAAGUGAUCAUCAUUAUUUUAUUAAAUUUUGAUUUUUAUUUUUAUAAUGGCAAAACACACGGUAGCAUAAAGUAUGCUUCAACAUUUUUAUGAAUAAAAUAGUUUGUUGGGUAGAUUUUGUCAUAUUUGAUUUAAUGUUUGUUUGUAAGUAAAAUUAAGAUUCCAAAUAAACUUUUUGCGUCUUAAAAUAAUAUACCAAAAGUUACAGUAUUAUGGCAUAGUUGUGUGCUAAUUUCUAUUUUUAGACGUAGAAAAUAGAAAAAUUUUGAAAUUGAUUUUAAUGAUUAUAAAAAGAUAAUAAUUAUUAUUUUGUGACAC